CUGUGUGAAAAAAAAAAACUGAGUGAACUUAUGUGGUGUGAACUGUGUUACUGAGGAAAUGAUUAUAGUUUUCCGACAACAUUACUGAAGUUAUAUUAUUUAUUUGGUUAAAAUAGUUAUAGCACUACUGAAUAAAAAAAGAUAAACAUGUCCUACAAUUACGAAGAUCUCAGCAUAGGAGAAAUAAAAGACUUACUGCGGCAAUGGCGCGAGAACAACGAGCGGCGCAGCGAGGACGUGAUGGAGCUGUGGGUCGCCAUCAUGGACGACGUCAGCAAGCUGGGCAAUGAGAAGUAUGUGAUCCUGGAGCAAGUGCUGUACGCGGCGCUGGACACGCACACGUACAGCGUGUCCAAGCAGUGCAUCGCCCUGCUGCAGCAGGAGUUCCCGGGCAGCCUGCGCGUCACGCGGUACAAGGCCGCGCAGCUGGAGGCCGAGGAGAGAUACUCGGAGGCGCUGGAGCUGCUGGACGUGAUCGUGAAGGCGGACGAGACCAACGCGGCGGCGCGCAAGCGCAGGGUCGCCGUCCUCAAGGCGCAGGGGCUCGUCAGCGAGGCCGUCAAGGAGCUCGUCGACUACCUCAAGAAGUUCAUGUCGGACGUGGAGGCGUGGCAGGAGCUGUGCGAGCUGUACCUGCAGAGCGGCGAGUACGCGCGCGCCGCCUUCUGCGCCGAGGAGCUGCUGCUGCACCAGCCGCACAGCCACCUGCACCUGCAGCGCCUGGCCGACAUCCGCUACACCAUGGGUGGCAUGGAGAACAUGGAGCUGGCGAAGACGUACUACUGCCAGGCCGCGAAGCUCAACCCCGGCAACAUGCGCGCGCUGCUCGGGCUGUUCCUGGCGAGCAACAACCUGCUGGGCCACUACAAGUCCUCGGGCGGCGGCAAGCGGCAGGAGGCGCUCCGGCUGUGCCAGUGGUCGCAGAGCCAGGCCGCCGCCGAGCAGAAGGAAGCGCCCCUCGCGCGCAUGCUCGCCGCGCUCGCCAUCGCCGAGUAGCGCACGCGCACACUGGCACGCGACUAAACACUCUUCCGCUGCGACAUCUAUCCGAUCAAACUGUCAUUUGGUAUUCAAAAAGUGUUGACGCCCGAUGACGAUACAAUUCUUCUACAAAAAAAAAACACUGUUCAGCGGAAUAAGCUUGUUUCUUUCCGGUACAAAUAUAAACGAUUAUUAUUGUAUUUACCGACAGUAUGAAAUGUAGACACGUGCUAAAAAG